AUGGUGGCUGGCAUGCUGAUGCCCUUGGAGCAGCUGCGCUCCAUCUAUGAGCUGCUCUUCCGCGAUGGGGUCAUGGUGGCCCAGAAGGACCGGCGCCCCCACAGCUACCACCCCCAGCUGCCGGGCAUCACCCACCUGCAAGUCCAGCGGGCCAUGGGCUCCCUGCACGCCCGCGGCCUGGUGCGCGAGAGCUUUGCCUGGCGCCACUGCUACUGGUACCUGACGGAUGAGGGCAUCGCGCACCUGCGCCAGUACCUGCGCCUGCCGCCAGAGAUUGUGCCCGCCACCUUGCAGCGCGUCCGCCGGCCCGUGGCCAUGGCAAGGCCCGCCCCGCGCCCACGCCCGCCUCGCACCCAGACCGUGCCAGGCCCGCUGGCCUGCCCCCCGAAGCCCCAGGAGGCCUCACGCCAGGAGUACCGCCGGAAGGAGGAGCCUGCUGGGCACGUGGAGCUGGUUGCUGCCAGGGCAGUGCCACAGGUGGCCUCUGCUGCCCCUCCUGCUGAAGGUCAGAUGCCCUCCUCGUGGGGGAGGCCUGGGAGCUAUGGGGCAGGAGCUGCUUUGGGGGAAGUGAGCUGCAGCUGGGUGAGGGCAGAGGUGGUGGGUGAGUGGAGAAAGGUGAGUGUCCCAGGAAUUGGGCAUGAUGUCUGGGAGGUGGGGGGGGCAGAUGCAGUUUGGGGCCAAAAGCUCAGGGCUGUUCCCCGUCUUACCUUUUAGCUAGCACCCUUGGGUGCUUUCUUGAUCCUUGGUGCUGCUUGUGUUGCUCCGUGAUUGUGGGCUCAGGAGGAGGAGAACUUGGGGGGCUGUCCAGAUCAUUUGCCCCACAUCCCCUGCAAAAUCUGGGGUCAGAGGUUGCAUCAGGGCGGGCUUCUCCAUUCAUUCUUCCAUCCAUUCAUUGAUGCUGGCCCAGUAAGGCGACCCCCUCCCGCGUUUCCACGUGCCUGGGAUGAGCUAGAAGGAAGGGGGUGGGGGGUGGAAGGCGGCCGCGGCGAAGGGGAGGCCUUUGCCCCGGGCUUAGCUGGAAGUUGGGGAGUCGGCGCUUUCUGGGGCGCCCUUUUGCCGCCGGCACCUGUGCCACGUGGGUGUGAGCUGUGGGCAGGAGGCCCCCUGCCCUGUGCGCGUGUCGGGUGGGGGGUAAGUCCAGAGAUCCGGCGUGCCUGAGGGAGGGGGCGCCGCCGCCGUGCUGACAGGUGGGCAGCAGCUGCUGCGCCGGGCUAUCCUUAGCCGUUUCUUCGCGGCCACUCCCGGUGGCGGCGCCUCGUCUUUCUGCCUGCCAAGGUCAGAGCGAGGCCCCUGCGCUGCCCAUGGACCCUGCUGCGGGGGAAGAGCCCCGGAAGAAGCGGCGCAGGGGGCGCCGCAGGAAAGGGGGCAAGUCGGACGAAGGUAUCUUAGCGGUUGGGAUGCGGGGCAAGGGGGCAGCAGGUGCUCUCGCCUAG